UAACUGCCAAGAGACCACACUUGUUUUGGACUCCGUGUGCUGCACAUUGUCUAGACCUGAUGUUAGAAGAUAUUGGAAAGAUUGCUAAGGUUAAAAUGGUUAUUCAAAAAGGGAUUAGUCUUGUUGGCUUCAUUUAUAACCACACAUUGGCGUUGAACAUAAUGAGGAAGAACACUGGCAAUGUUGAAUUGGUUAGACAUGGAGUCGCAAGGUUUGCUACCACAUUUCUUACUUUGCAAAGAUUGCAUAAACAAAAAACCAACCUUAGAAAGAUGUUCACUUCUGAAGAAUGGUUGAAGUCCAAGGCAGCUAAUGAUCCUAAGGGAAAGAAGGCAACUCGUAUUGUACUUUUGACAUCAUUUUGGAAUGAUAUCAUCUACACUCUUAAGGUUAUGGGACCUCUUGUACAAGUGUUAAGACUUGUUGAUAAUGAGAAAAAACCUGCAAUGGGAUAUAUAUAUGCAGCAAUGAUCAAGGCCAAGGAGGAUAUUCGAAAAGCUUUCAAUGAACAAGCAAGCAAGUACAUAGAUGUAUUUGCAAUCAUUGAUGAAAGGUGGAAAUGUCAACUUCAUCAUCCAUUGCAUGCUGCAGGCUACUACCUAAAUCCGAAGUAUUUUUAUAGCAGGCCAGAAAUUGAGAAUAAUCCCAUAUUGGUGGGAGGUCUUCACUUAUGCAUCGAAAUACUUAGUGAAAGUCAUCAAAUGAGUGACAUGACUACAGCACAAUUGUCAGAAUAUAAGAUUGCUAAUGGUCUCUUUGGAUUGGGUGGAGCAAUAAGACAAAGGACAACAUUAGCUCCCGCUGAGUGGUGGAAGACUUAUGGAGCACAAACUCCACUUUUGCAAUUAUUGGCCAUUAAAGUGUUGAGUUUGACAUGCAGUUCUUCAGGAUGUGAGCGUAAUUGGAGUACUUUUGAGCAUAUUCAUUCCAAGAAGAGAAGUAGACUUGAGCAUAAGAGGUUGGAAGACUUGGUUUUCGUUAAGUAUAAUCAGGCUUUGAAAGAGCGAUAUGAUUGUCGUGAUGUGAUUGAUCCAAUCGUCUUGAAUGAUGAUAAUGAUUAUAUCAAUGAAUUUGAAGUGGGAGACUUGGGGGAUGAUGGUGAACCUGUUGAAGAAUUAGUUUAUGCUGGUGAUAAUCUAACUUGGACUGAUGUUGCCAAUGCAAGUGGGGCUAAUGAGCCGGUGGUCUACACUAGGCGGGCAGUAAAAGAAAAGGCAACUGCAAGUGCAUCUAGGGCAAUAGCACAAGAAACAAUAUCAAAAGAAGUGGUGGUAGAAGAAUAUGUUGAAGAAGUUGAACCUAUUUAUGUUGAAGAUGAUGAGGAUGAGGAGGAGGAGAACGAAGAAUAUAUUGAAGUUGAUGGGGAAGAUGAGGAGGAAGAAGAGGAAGAAGACUAUGUUGAAGAUGAUGAUGAUUUUUGAUUCCUAUAACAUGCAUUUUAGUUUUAAUAUUUUGUUAAUUUUAUUACUCUACUAUGUUGAAGAACAUGAUGAUAUAUGGUAUCUAAAUCUAUAUUUUGAUUAAGACUAUUUGGUAUCUAAAUGUAUGUUUUGAUUUA